UAUUGGUCUAUUUUUUCCUUCUUUCCUAUUGGUCCAAUAUUCCCUUAUGUUUGAGGUAUCAACAUUCCCUCUCUUUUCUACUUCAUUCGUAUUGUCACUUCCUCUCUUUUCAAGAACAACUAUUGUCACAAGAAACUCAUACACUCUACUGAUUAUUCUUCCUUGCAUCAUUUCAUAAGAUCAACAACACACCAUGUCAAGACCACCUAGUAUGAUUUGUGAUUUGAACGUAAGUGACAAUGUUUGGAAGAUCUCCAUUCACGUGGUUGAUCUGUGGAUUGUUAAGGAGCGGAAUGGACAACAACAUGUUGAAUGUCUUAUCCAAGAUUCAAAGGGGGACAAAAUUCAUGUCGUCACCCGAAACCGAGACUUUGAAAUGUGGAACCAAACCUUACAAGAACACCAAACAUAUAUGGUUUAUAAUUGUGACCCUACUAUGAAUGAUCUAGCUUUUAAAAUAUGUGACAAUCCCUUGAAGGUAUUUUUUCAUGGCGGAACCACUAUAACCAUGCUAGACAUGCCGGAAAUACCAAUGCACAACUUUGAUUUCAAACCCAUUGUCAAUUUUUUGCACAGGGAUUUCCAUGUGAACCGGUUAUACGAUGUAAUUGGUGUACUCCACCAAGUAAUGAAAACUCAAGUUACAAGGGGCGGACGAAAGUGGAAACGAACUUGAUCUUACGCUGUGGGAAACAUAUGUCAACCAAUUUAUGGCAUACACAAAAGAAAAUACCACAGGUGGCCCCAAAAUUAUCAUAAUCACUUAUGUUAUGUGCCAACAAUGUUCAACUACUGGAAAGCUCUACAUCUCUAAUGCUUGGAAUGGAUCAAAACUGUUUAUUGAUUAUGAUCAUCCACAAGUCACUUCCUUCAAAGCUAAAUUGGGACACAUUGCUAGCUCCAACAUUCUUUUGCAGCAAUUAUCCCAAAGUUUUGCAUCUCAGGGGAAUUUGAAGACAAAUCGUUCUCAUAUACCAAUGAUGUCAAAAGUAUUGCAGACAUUAAUUCUCUUCAAAACCACAAUUGGGACAACUAAGAGGUUCAAGUCAAGUCGGUUUGGUUGGUACUAUGAGCAGUGUCCAACUUGUAAGAGGACUAAUAAAUCUCCUGGGGUGCCUUUCGUAUGUAGUUGUUACGAAGAUAAAAUUGCACCCAUCCCAAAGUAUAAAAUUGAAAUAGAGGUUGAGCAUGAAGGAAAGAUCGGUUGUUUUGUGUUUUGGGACAAGGAGUGUAUUACUUAUGUUGGUUUGUCUGCACAUGAUUUAAGAGAUGUUAUGAAAAAGCAAACUUCAAAAGUUCCCAACAGUCCUCAAAUUAUCAAAGGGAUAGACACAACUUCUAACCUACCAUUGUCCGACAAAGAAGUUUUUACUCCUACUCGGGUACCUAUUAUAACCUACCAUGUUUGCUUCCCAAAACUCGAGUGACAAUGUUAUUCAAGCAACACUCCAUGUAAGAGGUUAACCUAAGCAAAUUGUUUUGAGGACCUAGGAACUUCAAAUAUGCUAUCACCAAAGCUAUCUGCAACCAAGUAAGGCAAACAUUGCAAGAAAACAUGAGCCAACACACUUUGUGACGUUUUUUUUUGGUACAACAAGCUUCACUUAUGUUGUUAAGACAAACAUAUUUUGUUAAUAAGGGAUCAUGUUCAACCUCCAUAUAUGUUUCUACCUCAUUAAUUAUUUUUGCUAUGUAUUCACCUCCACCUUUAACUAUGGUUGUUGGUUAAUUUGUAACCUAAUGUUAUUCACAUUGACAUUUCUAAUAUAAGAAUCUAAAUAUUUAUUUAA